CGUUAACCUCCGGAGCAUUUUAGUGAUCAUUUCCUUCUAAUUUCGCCUUCCUUAUCCACCUUUCUCCGUGGCUUCCUCCGCAUUUAGUCAAGGAAGCCUGUCCCGGCCACGACCUUUUGAAUUUAAGCGCUUUUUAUCCGAUCAAUCUCAAACUUUUACAAUGAGCGACGGCGAGAAGGUCCGCGCCUCUGGCGAGACUCCCCGGGAACAGUCUCUGCCUACUGUUAACCCCGCAGCGGAGAAAACAGAGCAGCCCAGCAUUACAUUCCACCCCGCGGUCUACGUGACUACAUGGAUCACUUUGAGUUCCACUGUUAUCCUGUUCAACAAGUACCUCCUCGACUAUGCCAACUUCCGUUUCCCUAUCAUCCUCACAACAUGGCACUUGUCCUUCGCUACUAUCAUGACCCAAAUCCUCGCUCGCACCACUACUAUCCUCGAUGGCCGUAAGAAGGUCAAGAUGACUGGCCGUGUCUACCUCCGCGCUAUUGUCCCUAUCGGUAUAAUGUUCAGUCUGAGCUUGAUUUGCGGUAACAUGACCUACCUCUACCUCAGCGUUGCCUUCAUCCAAAUGCUCAAGGCCACCACUCCCGUGGCUGUUCUUCUCGCAACCUGGGGUAUGGGUAUGGCUCCGGCCAACAUGAAGGUUCUGGCCAACGUCUCCAUCAUUGUGGUUGGUGUGGUGAUUGCCUCCUUCGGUGAGAUCAAGUUCAACAUGGUCGGUUUCCUGUUCCAGAUCGGUGGUAUCAUUUUCGAGGCCACUCGUCUGGUCAUGGUGCAAGGUCUGCUCAGCUCCGCCGACUUCAAGAUGGACCCCAUGGUUUCUCUGUACUACUUCGCUCCCAUCUGUGCUGUCAUGAACGGUGUGGUCGCUCUGUUCUUGGAAUUCCCCCACGUCACCAUGGACCAUGUCUACUCAGUUGGUAUCUGGCUUCUGGUUCUCAAUGCCGUUGUGGCUUUCCUCCUCAACGUCUCGGUCGUUUUCCUGAUCGGCAAGACCUCUUCCCUAGUCAUGACUCUGUGUGGCGUCCUGAAGGAUAUCCUGUUGGUCGCUGCUUCCAUGUUCCUCUGGCAGACUCCCGUCACUGGCCUCCAGUUUUUCGGCUACUCCAUUGCUCUGAUGGGUCUUGUCUGGUACAAGCUUGGCGGCGACAAGAUGCGCGAGUACACUUCCUCCGCCGGCCGCGCCUGGGCUGAGUAUGGCAACAACCGCCCUGCGCAGCGCAAAUUUGUCGUUUUCGGUGCUGCCGCUCUUAUGUUCUUCCUCUUUGUUGGCUCUAUGGCUCCCAGUUACGCCAAUGACUCUGUUGAUCGUGUCAAGGGCUACCUUGGUGGUGCCACUGCUGGCAAUGCUUAAAUGCACUUGUCAGACCCUUACGCC